CGGGGGGAUGAGUUGUAUUGUUCGGCUAGCAGCAGCAAAGCCCUGCGCGUCAAUCGGAGAGCCGCCUCCUUAAUUGUCCUUCCCCUGUCAGGCGUCAGCAGACAACAUGCCAUCAGAAGAGCUGGGAAGGUGGUAGGACAUUUGGUGGUGCAGAUUUCUUCCAAGUUCAGGAAAGACUCUGCUGUGACCCUCAUGAAUAGGUUCAAACAAGACCCUGUGUUCACCAUUAUACCUGCGUAGCAGCUGGAGCUCAUGGCCUCUGUUUAGAGAUGUCUUCCCACCAUUCAGCAUCAUGCCAGCACCAUGAAUUCCCAUAUGGAAGGCAACAGACAGAGGCCUAAUGGUUAAUUGCACGCAACGUGGAAUAAUUCUCCCCAUUGCUCUCUGUCGGAAGGUCACUCCUCUGCUCUCCAAUCCCAAGGCAAACCCAUAAUAGAAUAAGAUCAUCGAGCAACGAGCAGAGUCUACGGGUGAGUCCUGUUUAUGUUGAAUGUCUUUAGAGUAUCUUGAGGUUGGAUGAUUAUUUCUCAGGUUGAUGGGAAAAUUAGAACUAUCCACCAGUGUAUCGUUCUUGAUUACUUGUUCAUGAAUAGAGUAUUUUGAUCCAAACAAGCCUUGAUGUUAUCUUAAAUCAUUUGAGCAAAAAGAGUAGAUUGCAGAUGGAUUUUACUCACAUUGAUCUGCAUGUGCUGCGUGAGACGUGGCCGCACUGCCUUUUGCUCCACCAAUAAACAAGUCGCAAGAUCGAACCUUUCAUGGAGCCCUGCCGCCGAAACGUAUUGCUUCCGAUCUCUCCCGCAUCCCUUCAGUUUGUGGCUUCCCUCCAUUGGAACAGCAACGCAGGACAGCCUUGCUUCUCAGCUUACGUGGUCUUUAAUCUAUUGCAGACAGCAUCCGACCCAAUUAUUGAGUCGACAGCACCCUAACUCGUCUCUUUGGCUGGUCUUUCCCUGUCCCAACAUAUAUACCGCCGCUCCUGAGUCCUCCACUCUUCCGUAGAGUACAUCAGCCAUGAGGCCUUCUUCCCUUCUGCGCACCUUGUCACUUAAGUUGAUCUCCUCCAAGCUCUCGCCCUCCCCUGUCGCUCCGUGGCCACCCGUUCGCACCCCCUUCGACCGAUGGAUCGCGGCGGAGCUCGACGAGCUCCGAUUCCCCGCCUUCAGCAGGAAGACGAGCGCUCAGUGGCUGUCCAAGGCCUUGGACCUUGCGGUCGCAGCGCUAGAAAUGAUGGCCAGGUCUGAAGCACUCGCCGGCCCUCGUCUGAGUGCGGCCAACCGGAAGCUGGUCGAGGACUAUCUCGAAGACGUGGUGGAUUUGCUCGACGCGUGCAACGGCCUACGAGACAGGAUGGAGGACAUCAAGGAGUACACCAAUUUGAUCUCCACAGCCACGCAUUACCUAGAAGGAGAGCACGAGCGAGGCGAGGGCGUAAUCCGGCGAGCGACGGCGGCGCUAGCUGCAUGCGAGGCGAUGGAGAAGCGGUGCGCGGAGCUAAAGAAAUGCGGCUCCAGCUUGCGCAAGCUGGGCGAGAGGAUCGCUGCGCACGGUGCGCCGUCAUGUGACGAAACGAGCACAAGUGCCGCCGCCGACGAGCUCCACGAGGCACUCAGCGGUUCUCGGGCUGUGGCGCUGCUGGUCAUCGCCGCCACCGGCAUCGCCCUUUCCUUCAGGACCCGAAGAGGGCUGCCCGUGGUUCACUCGAGCAAGACCGCGCCAUGGGGAGCCAAGCUGCAUGAGCUGCAGAAGGAAGUGAAGGAAGUGUUCGACGCGAGGAGAAGAGGUGGGCUUGUGGUGUUGGAUGAGUUAGAUGCUGCGGCUUCUUCUGCUCGGAGUUUGCGGGAUGCCAUCUCGCGACGAGAUCGGAAGGAGCUAAGAGUCAUUGUGGAUUUGGCCAGGAGGAAAUGUAGGGAGUCGGAAGAGAGGACGAGGCCCCUCGGAGAGAAGGUUGAUGAGCUCUACAGGCAAUUAAUCAGCAUCAGAGUGUCAUUACUGGGGAAGCUCACAGAAACCUAAUCAAAAGGAGGCUUUGAGAUUCCAAGAACAGAUGUAAAUAAUCACUGCGCA